AUGAAUCCAACAAAAAGAUGUGCUGCUUGCAAAUAUCUGAGAAGAAGAUGUCCAAAAGAUUGCAUUUUCUCACCUUAUUUCCCUCCAAACGAUCCUGAGAAAUUUGCAUGUAUCCACAGAAUCUAUGGAGCUGGAAAUGUUUCCAAAAUGCUUCAGCAACUUCCUGUUCAGACAAGAGCUGAAGCAGUGGAAUCUUUGUGUUUUGAAGCAAAAUGCAGAGUAGAAGAUCCUGUUUACGGAUGUGUUGGGAUUGUUUCUUUACUCCAAACUCAAAUUCAGAAAACCGAAAAUCUUUUGGCUAAAACUCAAGCUGAGAUUGCUCUUGCUCAAACCCAAAAUUCUGAAUUUAUGUAA